GCUGUUUUCUGCUAUUAACCCACAUUUGUUGACUCUGCACAAAUGGAUUUUUCUGAGCACGGGGAAAUGUUGAGACAACCGUCAAACGGUAUUCCGCCCCAGCCGUCUGGGGGAGCGGUUGGAGCUACAACUACUAACACACCGGAGAAUGGGAACCCGGUGCCCCAACCGCCGCCUGUAAACGAACGGAAAACUUUUUGUCCUUCGGAAAAUAAACCGUGCGAAAUGGAAGCCAAUAAAGCAUACGGGACGUUUAAAAACGCCGCACCUGGACCCACGUUUGCUCCCGUUAAUUCUGCCGUGCGCAAGGAUUCCGUCGGUAAAAUGGAUGGUUCGACCGGUAAAGCCACGUCGGACUUCAUGUCUAACAAUCAAAGUGCUGUAAGGAUCGCGGCGGAGCAUAACAACACCACCGGUGACUGGACCUCCAUGAGCCAGACCACCAUCAUCCUGGGUACAGAUGGCAAUACAUCUGUUCUGCCUGGCACGGUGACCGGGGAUGAUGAUGAUGAUGAUGGAGGAGAUGAGAAUAAGGCCCGGGGGAACUGGUCCAACAAACUGGAUUUUAUUCUGUCCAUGGUGGGAUAUGCCGUGGGUUUGGGAAAUGUGUGGAGAUUCCCAUAUCUUGCUUUCCAGAAUGGUGGAGGCGCGUUUUUGAUACCUUACCUAAUCAUGUUAGGCCUCGCCGGUAUACCUAUAUUUUUGUUGGAGGUGUCUUUGGGUCAGUUCGCCAGCCAAGGCCCGGUGUCAGUAUGGAAAGCGAUCCCAGCUCUACAAGGUUGCGGGAUUGCCAUGUUGAUAAUAUCUGUCUUGAUAGCCAUAUACUAUAAUAUUAUUAUCUACAGAAACUACUCCUGUAUACUAAGGGACAGAGACAUCACAUCAAUCAAGAACACCACAUUCUGUUUAUCUGCAAAUGCUGUCGGGAAUUUAAGUAAACUGUUAAAUGUCACAAUGGACAAUAAAACCUAUGUCAGCCCUAGUGAGGAGUAUUUCAAGUAUAAUGUGUUGCAUAUUUCCAAGGGUAUUGAAUACCCAGGUGACAUCCGUUGGCCCUUGGCUGCUUGUCUUUUUCUGGCCUGGCUUAUUGUUUAUGCCUCUUUGGCAAAAGGGAUCAAGUCCUCAGGGAAGGUGGUGUAUUUCACUGCCACGUUCCCCUAUGUGGUGUUGGUCAUCCUGUUGAUCCGAGGGGUCACUCUGCCCGGAGCCGGUUCUGGGAUCCUUUACUUCAUAACACCCAAAUGGGAAAAACUCAAUGAUGCCAAGGUUUGGAAGGAUGCUGCUACACAGAUUUUCUUCUCUCUGUCUGCAGCAUGGGGUGGUCUUAUAACCCUCUCGUCCUACAAUAAGUUCCAUAACAACUGUUACAGGGAUACUCUCAUUGUGACGUGUACUAACAGUGCCACAAGUGUAUUUGCUGGUUUUGUCAUUUUUUCAGUUAUUGGCUUCAUGGCUCAUGAGCUCAAAGUCCCAAUUGAGAGUGUGGCAGAUGAAGGUCCAGGAAUUGCUUUUGUGGUCUAUCCAGAGGCUCUGACUAGGUUGCCCUUGUCACCAUUCUGGGCCAUCAUCUUCUUCCUCAUGCUGCUUACACUUGGUCUGGAUACUAUGUUUGCCACCAUAGAAACUAUAGUGACGUCUGUUUCUGAUGAGUUCCCCAAGUACCUGCGCAAACACAAGCCUCUGUUCACUUUGGUUUGCUGUUUGUCCUUUUUUGUGCUGGGUUUCCCCAUGAUCACUGAGAAUGGAAUGUACAUGCUUCAGCUGGUGGACACUUUUGCAGCCUCUUAUUCUCUGGUCAUCAUUGCUAUAUUCGAACUGAUUGGAAUCUCGUACAUUUAUGGACUACAGCGGUUCUGUGAGGACAUUGAGAUGAUGAUUGGGUUCCAGCCAAACAAGUUUUGGAGAAUCUGCUGGGCCUUUGUCACACCAACUAUUCUCACAUUUAUCUUAGCACUUAGUCUGUACCAGUGGAAGGUGAUGACAUAUGAGGAUUACACUUAUCCGACCUGGUCUAUGGUUCUCGGCUGGCUUAUGGUCAUCUGUUCUGUCAUAUGGAUUCCCAUCAUGUUUGUUAUUAAGAUGCACAUUGCACCUGGAUCGUUAAUUGAGCGUCUGAAGUUGGUGUGCUCUCCUCAACCCGACUGGGGUCCAUUCCUGAUGAAACACCGCGGGGAACGCUACAAGAACAUGAUCGACCCUCUGGGUACCAACUCCCUUGGCCUCAAACUUCCCCCCAAAGAUUUCCAGCUAUCAGCCCAAUAUCAAUAAUCCUCCUCAAUUCCCUGUGAGUGUGAGAUUCCCCGAGGCCUCUGAGAGUGAGACCUGCCCUCACGUCAAACUCUUUCCCUAUUCAACCUCCCCUCUUUUCCAUAGCGUUCUCUUUCAGCCAUAUUCCCCCUCUUCUGACACUUUUAGAGGGGUUUUUCAGGUGGAAAGCACAGACAACUCCCUAUGAUUUUUUGUUUUCUGAAUAAUUAUUCGUAGUCAGUCUGAGAGUAGGUCUUUCGUGCACA